AUGACACCAUCCAAGUCGCUGGACGCUUCUCCGAAAAGGUCUGCGAGAGAUACCUUGGUCACGGUAGGAAUAACAGGAUCAACCGGAGGCGGAGGAUCGCGCGAAGGGCUCGGCGUGUCUGUGACGAUCGGAUCUGGAGAAGGCCCAGCCGAAGGUUGUGCCGCCGGAUUGGAUGCUCGACGACUACUGGAGGAUCGCGAACCAGAUAAAGCCGCUCAAGUCUCAUCCUCACCUGCAGAUGUAUCCCCCCCCAUUCAGACGAGGUUGAUCUCGGACCACGGCGCUUCUUCUUGCCCAGUUUCGGGGUAG